GGGAUUCCCUCUCGCCUGAUCAUUAGAUUCAAUUUUCCCCUUUUGAUUCAUUCUUCGUCUUCGAUUUUCUAAACCUCUUGAUCGAUCGGCAUUGCAAUGGCGGCUACUGCGGCGCAUACGGCGGCGCUGGGCGGGGCCACUCCGUCUGUGGCGGUUGCUUCCGCGCCCGCUCCGACUCCCGCCACCCCUGCCGCGGUUGCAAUGGGAGGGCUCACAAACUCGUCGCUCUACGUGGGCGAUCUCGAUGCGUCGGUUGAGGAAGAUCAUCUCUACGAUCUGUUCAAUCAGGUGGCGCAAGUGGUGUCCGUUAGGGUUUGCAGGGAUCAGUCCCGGCGAUCCUCGCUCGGUUAUGCCUACGUCAAUUUCGGCACCCCGCAAGAUGCUGCUAGUGCAAAGGACAUUUUGAACUUUACACCAUUAAAAGGAAAACCGAUGAGGAUCAUGUUUUCUCACCGAGAUCCAAGCAUGCGUAAAACUGGACUUGCAAAUGUUUUCAUUAAAAACUUGGAGGCAUCUAUUGACAACAAGGCUUUGCAUGAGACGUUUGCUGCCUUCGGGAAUGUGCUUUCCUGCAAAGUGGCUGUUGAUGCCAAUGGUAAAUCUAAAGGGCAUGGGUUUGUGCAGUUUGACACAGAGGAGGCUGCAGACUUUGCAAUAAAGCAGCUGAAUGGCAUGUUACUAAAUGAUAAGCAAGUUUAUGUUGGCCACUUUAUUCGUCGACAGGAAAGGGGGGGAGCAAAUGGGGAACAGAAGUUCACAAAUGUGUAUGUGAAAAACCUUCCCGAAACCACCUCUGAUGAGGAUCUUCAUAUGCUUUUCAAAAAAUUUGGUGUCAUCACCAGCUGUGUUGUUAUGAAGGAUGCAAGUGGGAAAUCCAAAUGCUUUGGGUUUGUCAACUUUAAAAAUCAAGAGGAUGCUGCUUCUGCGGUAAAGGAAUUGAAUGGGAGUUCCUUGGAUGACAAUGUUUUGUAUGUGAGCAGGGCUCAGAAGAAAUCCGAAAGGGUAGCGGAAUUGAGAUCCAAAUUUGAGCAAGAGAGAGCUAGUAGAUUUGAGGAAAUGAAGCCCUCCAACCUGUAUUUGAAAAAUCUUGAUGACAGCAUUAAUGAUGAAAAGCUGAAAGAGUUGUUUUCUGAGUUUGGAACUAUAUUAUCCUGCAAGGUGAUGCUGCAGCCACAAGGAACCAGCAAAGGUUCUGGCUUUGUAGCCUUUUCUAGGCCCGAGGAAGCUUCAAGAGCUAUGAGUGAAAUGAAUGGGAAAUUGGUGGGAAGAAAGCCUUUAUAUGUCGCUAUUGCCCAGCGCAGAGACGAAAGGAAUGCUUGGCUACAGGCACAUUUUGCUCAAAUGAGGCCGACCGGAGCAAUGGCGGCUCCUCCUUUGCCAGGGGGGUUUCACCCCGGGGCACCACCAAGGCUCGCUCCUCAUCAACAGCUAUAUUUCGGGCAAGGCAUUCCACCCCAGGCUGGAGGGUAUGGGUUUCAGCAGCCCCUUGUUCCCGGGAUGCGCCCUCCCAAUUUCAUCAUGCCUUACCAUCACCUCCAUCGCCAAGGGCAAGCCGCCGCUGCGCCACGCGUGGGCAUGAGGAGAGGUGGUGGUGGUGGUGGUGGAAAUCCUCCACAAACACAGCAGCAGUGGAUGCAACGGAAUUCCAACCAUGGUGUAGGGAGAUACAACAUGGGGGGAGGUGCUAUGGACGCCCAACACCACCCUGCACCGCCAGUUCACACCCCAACUCUUGCUUCCACUCUGGCAUCUGCUUCGCCGGAGCAGCAGCGCGUGAUGCUGGGAGAACAGCUGUUUCCGCUGGUGGAUCGGGUGGCGGAGCGGGAGAAUGUGGGGAAAGUGACGGGGAUGCUGUUGGAGAUGGACCAGACGGAGGUGCUCCACCUCAUCGAGUCUCCCGAGGCUCUUAAGAAGAAAGUCGCCGAGGCCAUGGAAGUCCUUCGCUCCUCCUCCGCCUCCUCCUCCCCCUCAAAUGCCGCCGCCGGUGAUAGAUCCGCUUGAUCUGGCGGCGUCCCCGCCAUUCAUCGCUAGCUGGCUCUUUCGAUGCAAGACUUAUUAGGCAAAUCAUUCUAUGGUUUUAAAGUCCAUGCUCGUUCGACAAAAAAAUUAGGCCUUUGACAAAAAAGAUCUAUCUGCCAGCUUUUUUGAAGAGGGUGAGAAGGAUCACGCUUCACAUGUGGAUCUUAGGAUUACGGAAGAACAACUCGUAAAUGUAAUGUCAAGUUAUACCAUUUUGGCCUUGCUAAGAUAAUCCACAAGGAUCAAGACUAUUAAUGAGGGCAAGGCGAGGGAGGGUAUCAUGUCCCGAUUUGGAAGAAAUUUUACCUUUUUUU